CUUGUUAUAAUAUACGUUGGUAUAAACAUUAAUAAAGAGCCGUCAAAUGUUAUUACACUUUUAUUCAAAUAGGCAAAGAUGUCAAUUGUGACAUUAAAUUUCGCAAUCAGUUCACGUACAUUCAUGAGGCAAUCAUUAUUAUUACUUUUGAUAAAUCAUUGUAUGCGUUAAUUCGUACUAUACUCUAUAUAUAAAUAGUACAGGACCAUUAUGAAUAAAUCUGGGCCACCACCACCUUAUGAACCACCUCCAUAUGCACCACCUGGUUAUUCAAAUACAAUGGGUGGUGUUCCACCUGCUAGCCCUUUUACACCUGCAGAAACCUAUACAAAUGGUCCAGUUAUUGUUACAACAAUUGUUCCACUUGGACCAGGAUCAACACAUACAAUCUGUCCACACUGUCAUGCAGAAAUUGAUACUACAACAAAAACAGAGCCUGGCAUGAUUGCUUAUAUAUCUGGUGUUGUAAUUACAUUAAUGGGAUGUUGGCUGGGAUGCUGUUUAAUUCCUUGUUGUAUCGAUGAAUGUAUGGAUGUUCAUCACAAUUGUCCUAACUGCAAAGCUUAUUUGGGCCGUUACAGGAGAUAAAACAACAUGAUACUAGAAUUGAUAUUUAUUGCAUUUCACUCUGCAUCAAUUUUGACAUUGCAUUAUAUUGUAACACGCACGUACUAUGAACAUUUGCAAACAUGCACAAUAUAUGAAAUUUUCACUUCUUAUGUAUUAAGAAGUAUUUGCAAUGUUUAAGCCGAAUGUAUGUACAAAUGAAAAUUUUGUUAAUAACUUCGUUUGCACAUAUACAGUGUCUAACAAAACGUGGUAGGGGGUGGACUAUGAAAAAGUGUGAGCAGAAUGUAGAGUAGAAUUUGUUCUGUAAACCUCAUUCUACAUUGCAAUUUCUUCUUUCAUGAGAAAUUAUCUCCUACUUAUCAGUACUAGAUUUCGGAGGAUAUGAAGUAUAUGAAGUAUAAUUAUAUGAGAUAAUUACAAAAAUAUUUUCGGCGAUACAUCGCAUUUUUUAUGUACACAUAAAAAUUGAUACAAUAUUUCCCUCUUUCUAACUUGCAGUAAUAACUAACAGCAAUUACUUUUGAUAAAUACUAUUGAAAGUCUAUUUUUUAAAAUGAUUAAGAAUAAUAAAUUUA